CGCAACCAGCCUCCCAACUUGAAACUCUAGUUGAAGAGGUCGAUCAAGGAAGCUGCUGCUGCUCCUGCUCCUGCUGCACAAGUAGGCAGUCUUCUCGUACUCGCUCGUAUCCUGGUGCGACAGGGCGACAGGCGAGCCACCUCAGCUAGAAUACGUUUGCCGUCGCACUUGCUUUCUUCUCAUUUCCCUCGCGCAUUGCACUCCAAGCGGUCAUAUCUUACUGAUCAUUGACUACAGGAGACCCUUACGGGGAGGAGGAAACCCACACUCCCAUGAUGCAUCCCCACCAAUUAGAUGCCCGGUCUCCGUCACCGGGUCGGCCACUGAAUACCUAUCAGUUGACCGACAACCCGUAUCCACAAGAGCAUCUGGAGAUGCCCUCUAGCGACCGACUAGCCGAGCAACCGACAUACUCGGUCGAACGACUGCCCAACUCCUAUGGUCACAAUGAGGCCUACGAGCACCACCAACCGCAGGCUUACCCCGGCUAUGAAUAUUCGAUCGAUCCCGAAGCACAUCACGAUGCGUACUACACUCAGCCCUACCACCCAGCGGUGACACCGGCGCACGACGAUGAUUACGAUCUCGGACAAUACCCGGAGCAUCAACCGCAGCAUCAGCACACGUACAGCGACGACCAUGUACCCAUCCUGCAGCCGGACAAUCCGUUCGGGCCGGACCCGUACAGCGACGAAUACGAAGAGGAUCCUACGCUGGCCCCGACCCAUUCGCCCAGUCCGGUGCCCGUGCGACGAUGGAAGACCGUGAAGGAGGUCCAGUUGUUUAACGGGAACCUCGUGCUGGACUGUCCGAUUGCCCCCAAGCUGCUCAGCCAAGUGCCGCACGCCGAACCCCCGGGCCGCGACGAGUUCACCCACAUGCGCUAUUCCGCCGCCACGUGCGAUCCGGCCGACUUCUUCGAGGAGCGCUUCACGUUGCGUCAGAAGCUGUUCGCCAAGCCCCGACACACGGAGCUCUUCAUCGCCGUCACCAUGUACAACGAGGAUGACUUCCUGUUCGCCCGCACGAUGAUUGGUGUCUUCAAGAACAUCGAGUACAUGUGCUCGAGGACGAGCAGCAAGACCUGGGGCAAGGACGCCUGGAAGAAGAUCGUGGUCUGCGUGAUCAGCGACGGUCGUGCGAAGAUCAACCCCCGGACGCGCGCGGUGCUAGCCGGUCUGGGUUGCUACCAAGACGGCAUUGCCAAGCAGCAGGUCAACGGCAAGGAUGUGACGGCGCACAUCUAUGAGUACACGACCCAGGUGGGGCUGGAGUUGAAGGGCACGCAAGUGCACCUCAAGGGCCGCACCGGGGUUCCCGUGCAAAUGAUAUUCUGUCUGAAGGAGAAGAACCAGAAGAAGAUCAACUCGCAUCGGUGGUUCUUCCAGGCCUUCGGGCGCGUGCUGGACCCCAACAUCUGCGUCUUGCUUGACGCCGGUACCCGUCCUGGCAAGGACUCGAUCUACCAUCUCUGGAAGGCGUUUGAUGUCAACCCCAUGUGCGGCGGUGCCUGCGGAGAGAUCAAGGUCAUGUUGGACAAGGGCAAGAAGCUGCUUAACCCGCUCGUCGCGGGACAGAACUUCGAAUACAAGCUCAGUAACAUUCUGGACAAGCCGCUGGAGUCGGCGUUUGGAUUCAUCAGUGUCUUGCCCGGUGCGUUCUCGGCCUACCGGUACGUGGCGCUGCAGAAUGAUAAGAACGGACAGGGUCCGUUGGAGCGCUACUUCGCCGGCGAGAAGAUGCACGGUGCCAACGCCGGCAUCUUCACGGCCAACAUGUACCUGGCCGAGGACCGGAUCCUCUGUUUCGAGUUGGUGUCCAAGCGCAACUGCCGCUGGCUGCUGCAGUACGUCAAGUCGUCCACGGGCGAGACGGAUGUGCCCGAUCGCAUGGCGGAGUUCAUCCUGCAGCGGCGUCGUUGGCUGAACGGUAGUUUCUUCGCGGCGGUCUACGCCAUUGCCCACUUCUAUCAGCUUUGGCGGAGCGAUCAUAGCUUUAUGCGCAAGUUCAUGCUCUUGAUCGAAUUCAUCUAUCAGACGAUCAAUAUGCUUUUCGCAUGGUUUGGCAUUGGCAAUUUCUUCUUGGUCUUCAAGAUUCUCACCUCGUAUCUGGGCGACUCGUCGCUCCUAGGCACGGUGGGAAAGAUUCUUGGCGUGGUCUUCGAGUGGCUCUACCUGGCAACAUUGGUAACCUGCUUCGUCCUCGCGUUAGGUAACAGACCCGGUGGGUCCAACAAGUUCUAUAUGACGAUGGUCUACUUCUGGAUUUGCAUUAUGAUCUACCUGGCAUUUGCGGCGAUCUUCGUGACCGUGAAAUCGAUCGAGGAGCAGGUCAAGGACAACAGCUUCACCUUCUCCGACCUCUUCACCAAUUACCAGUUCUUCUCGAUCAUCGUCUCUCUCGGCUCCACAUAUGUGAUGUGGUUCCUGGCCUCCUUCAUCUUCCUCGACCCCUGGCACAUGUUCACCAGUUUCAUCCAAUACAUCCUCCUCACGCCCACCUACAUCAACGUCCUGAACAUCUACGCCUUCUGCAACACCCACGACAUCACCUGGGGCACCAAGGGCGACGACAAGGCCGAGAAACUGCCGUCCGCCAACCUGAAGCCCGGCGGCAAGGUCGACGUCAACAUCCCCCAGGACGACGGCGAUCUCAACGCGCAGUACGAAGCCGAGCUGGCCAAGUUCGCCACCAAGCCCCCGAAGGAGGUACCCUCCGUCUCCGAAGAGGAUCGGCAGGCCGACUACUACAAGGGUUUCCGCAGUGCGGUCGUCCUGGCCUGGGUGUUCUGCAACUUCGCCCUGGCGGCGGUGGUGCUGAGCGCCGCGGGGCUGGAGACCUUCGACAGCGACACGGAUGCGACGCAGAACAAGCGCUCCACAAUCUAUAUGUCUGUUGUGCUGUGGAGUGUGGCCGGACUGUCCAUCUUCAAGUUCAUCGGGGCGAUGUGGUAUUUGGUUGUACGGAUGGUAUGUCUUCCCCCCACUCUGUCUUCCUGUUAUCAUCAUGACACAAGCUAACCUUGGCGUGUAGUUCCGCGGAGAGUAAACGAUGGGAACGGUUAGUUUUGGAGAGCGAGCCAAUUUCGAUGUCGAUGCCGAUGUGGCGGGGUCUGUCUGUCCCGAUAACCCCUAAGAGAAUUUGGGCGUGAUCGCCCGCGGGCGAGAGGGGCGUAG